AUGGCCGCUCACACUGUCUCCACGGCCCCAACUCCGACCCGAGCAUCCCAACCUGAUUCCAGACGACCCAAAUCACUUUCUCCAACCCAAUUUCUCAGACCUCACGUUUUUCAGAGUACAUGGCUGGGCACUCCCAAACUCUCCCUUCAGUCCUCCAAUCCCAGACUUUCAAUGCCCAAAUAUCAUCGACCUAUCACCGCCAUAGUCACUUUUAGCCUCCCCACUGCGAAACCAGAGAGGGUUGCUUCUACUGAGAAAGUUCCAAAAUGGUCAUCAAAGGCAAUUAAAUCAUUUGCAAUGGGCGAAUUGGAAGCAAGGAAGCUAAAAUACCCAACUACGGGGACAGAAGCCCUUCUUAUGGGGGUCUUGAUUGAGGGGACUAAUUUUGCAGCAAAAUAUUUGUGGGCAAAUGGAAUUACACUCUUCAAAGUGCGUGAAGAAACUGUCAAGGUGCUUGGAAAAGCUGACUUGUAUUUUUUCAGUCCUGAGCAUCCUCCCCUAACUGAAGCAGCUCAAAGGGCCCUUGAUUGGGCUCUAGAUGAAAAGCUCAAAUCUCGUGAAAAUGGGGAAAUCACUACAACUCAUCUGCUUCUUGGGGUGUGGUCUGAAGAUGAAGGGCCCGGUCACAAAAUAAUGUCUGCCCUUGGAUUCAAUAAUGAGAAUGCCAAAGAGCUUAACUCUUUAGUUUCUAAACCUGAUUUUGUUGAGGAUUAG